AUGCAACAUGCUCAAGCUGUUCUCAAUGGUAAUAUGAAUGUUGAUACCGCUGUUGCUGGAAUAAUGCAACAACUUGAAACACUUCUUGCCUCACACCCAUCAAUUGUCAGCAGUUUACAAUCUCUUGCAGAAGAAUUCAAGGGAGUCAUCAAACCAUUUCUUUCUAACUUCCAAUCAAACCUUGUAGCCGGUCGUGCUGGUAUUGAUCUCUCCGCAUUGAUCAGUCAAUUCGGUAGCUUGGACAUAGUUUAUCUUAUUUUUCCACAAUAUAAAAAUAUCAUAAAGAAACUCGUUGAUGUUGCCUAUCAAGUUGGUUCUAAUAUUCCAGAUGAUAAAUUAUAUUUACUUCAACAAUCGGCUAUGCAACAUGCUCAAGCUGUUCUCAGUAAUAAUAUGGAUGUCGAUACCGCUGUUGCUCAAAUAAUGGAACAACUUGAAACACUUCUUGCCUCACACCCAGCAAUUAUCAGCAGUUUACAAUCUCUUGCAGAAGAAUUCAAGGGAGUCAUCAAACCAUUUCUUUCUAACUUCCAAUCAAGACGUGUAGCCAGUCGUUCGGGUAUUGAUUUAGCUGCAAUGAUCACUCAAUUCGGUGGCUUAGAAGGAAUUAUGGCUGCAUUUCCACAAUAUAAAGAUUUAAUCGAUCGACUAUGCGCUGCUGCCUAUGAAGUUGGUAGUGCUGUUGCAGAUGACAAAUUAGAUAUACUUACAGCACAAGCUAUGCAAUACGGUGAAGAUGUUGUCAACAGUAAAAUGAGUGCUAACACAGCUGUUGAUCAAUUGUUGGGAGAACUUGAAACACUUCUUGGCUCAGACUCACCACUUUUACCCGGUUUCCGAAAUCUUGCACAAGAUUUAUUAGCAGUUGUUAACUCAUUUUUAGCCUAA